AUGUGUUUCAUUGGUGGAGAUUGGAACGCCAGAGCUGGGAAACCCAGACCCGGGGAAACGUGCAUAGGAUCCCAUGAAAGAAACCGCAGAAAUGUGCCUGGAACCGCCUUGAUUCAAUUUUGUACCUGUCUAGACCUAUUCUUAUGCAACACGGCAUUCCGUCAUCCGGCCAGACACAAAACAACAUGGACUGGAACUAGAAAGGAUUCAAGUGGAAACUACAUACAAAUAUUUAACCAAAUAGACUAUAUUCUCUGCAAAGCUGCCCAUAAACAUCUACUUCUGGAUUCGCGGUCAUAUGGGGGGCUGGAGGCAAACAGCGACCACAAGCUAGUAAUAACACGCAUCGGACUAUACAAGUCAUACAAACAACUGAAAAAACCUACGUAUGACAAACGAGAAAGCUAUAAUCUUGAACUAUUCCACGAUGAAAAUUUCAGACAGAAGUAUGCAAACAAACUACAAGUAGAACUCGACGAUAUUGACACAACAAAACCUGCAAAUACGAUAUGGGAUGCAGUGACCAGUUCAAUGAAGAGGACAGCAUUAAAUGUUGUUGGAAUCAAUCAAAAGCAACACAAAUUUCACAAUAACGAGAUUUUCUCCCUCUCAGAAAACCAGAAAGCCUUGAGGCUAAGAAUACAGAACUCCAGAAAUUCGGAAGACAUAAGAGAUCUUCGAAAAUUACGAAACGUGAUAUUACUAAAUAUCAAGAAAAUACAAAAAACGCUAGUAUACAAAGAAACAGAAAAAAAAUUCCAAAACAUAGCAAAGCAAAAGGACGGGACAAGAAUGUUUAUGGCUAUGAGACUGUUAAUGAAAAAGUAG